CAACGCACCGCACAUAUUUGAACGUGUAACUGCACAUUGAGUACUUCUUCCUGGAUUUAAAAUUACACAAUUUCUCCGUCUCAGAAUUCAUAUAAAGUCUAAUGAUAACGGAAACACUAAAAGAGGAGGAUGUCGACAGUUUCGAAUGCAGUAAAACAUUAUCUGAAGAAAAAAUUUCAAUGGAAGACAAUACUGAUGAUGAUGAUGAUAAUGAUUAUAAAUUAGCACUUGAAAAACUUUGGGGUAAAGAAAUAGCUAAUUAUUAUUUAAAUCCAAAUCAUCAAAAAUCAAUUAAACAAUCAAAUGAUAAAUAUUAUUUAAUUGGUGGUUAUCCAAAUGGUAUGUUACAUGGAUCUAGGAUACCAUUUAAUUAUGAAUUGAAACCAUGGUUACUAAAUAUACCACAUAGUAACAUGAAACAAUCCGGUUCAUCUAAAGUACCUAAUAUUAUUGAUUUGUUGAAAUAUCAUAUAGGAACAAAUUAUAGUGCCCAAUAUUUAUGGAAUUUAUUAAGAUAUAAAUCAUAUGAACAAUUAAUUAAUUAUGAAAAACAAUUAAGUCAUGAAGAUUAUAAUACAUAUGCUUCAUUUACAUAUGAAUAUGUAUUAUCAAAGAAACAAAAGCCACCAUUAUGUGAUUUCAUUCGUCAUAAUCCAUCUAAUUCAUUAAUUCAUAUAAUGAAACAAUUAAAAUCAUCAUCAAUUAAAAAAAAAUUACAUCAAAUGAAUUUAUCUACAUUAUGGGCUAAUCGUAAUCAAGAUCAAUUUCGUAUUCUGUCUUAUCAACAAGAUUUAAAAGAUACAAUUAAAACCAUGGCAACUAACAAUUUCUAUUCUUCCUCUUCAUCAUUAUUGAAUAAUCAAAUGAAUCAAAAACAAGUGAAUGAAUUGAUAUCAUUAUAUCCUAUAUUAAAAGAUAAACAUAAUGAAACAUUUAUUGAUAAUGAUUUACAACCAUUAGAGAAUUACUUUCCAGAUUACCCCGAAAUAAAAGAUUCAAUCAAGAAGGAAUUCAAAUUGCCUAACGUUAAAACUAUGAAAAAAAGAGCAACGAAAUCAUUGGAUCAUUUAUCGUUUUGGCAUGCAAAUCAAUCAAUAAAAUCUCCGAAUAAAACUGAUAUAAAAUAUCAGUAAGUUAUUUAGCUAAUCUUAUCAGUUAUAAUAAUACUCAAUUAAGGGAUAACUUAAUGGUCAAAUCAUUUAACUUUCAACUACUGGGUUCGAGUCCAGCUUGCGAGAUCAUGGAUGAGCACUGUUGAAGAGUUUCAUGCUAGGGCGAAACGUCAGUCCAGUUCUUCCAAGUCUUCAGUGGCGGCCUGACAUUGAUCCAAUCAUGAUAUCAGUUUAAACUCAACAAUCUUCACAACUUUAUGCUGAUACUGAACUCUAUCUUCGAUACGUUCUCAUUUACACAUCUACUUGGAUAAAGAUGAUCGGUUAGUUUCACAACGUCUUAAAUGUAAGAUUAUGACUUUGAUUUGAGUAAAUAAACUUAGCACUCGAUAAAUCAAUCAUAUUCUUUGACAGAUGAAUAAGGAAGAGGUAUUUAUAAGCUAAAUAUGGUAGAUUUCAUUUGAAUGGAGUUAGUAUCUAAACAUUGAAUAGUACGAAUGAACAAUCCAAAAGAUUAUUCUUCAUUGAAUCACGAAAGUAUAUGGAGACAAUAUACGUUAUAUAACUUUGAUGAACAAUCAUUAUUUAUCAAAAUUAAAUUAUUGAUUAGGCUUUAUUUCAUUCUAUAGAUGAAAUUCUGAGUCAGUUGAAGCCAGACCACCAUGGAAAACCUGAAGGAACUGGACCACCGUUUAGUCCCUCAACAGUGCACACCCAUGAUCCUGCCUCGCCUAAAGCCUUUCAGUUUCGAGCGAGAGCGCUUAACCUCUAGACCAUUGAGCAGACUGGCAUCCAACAGUGUUUCUGUCUAACUUCAACCAAUCCACGA